GUUUCAAAUGGGGCAUUCACCAGACUGCGUUUGCUUAAUAACGAAAUGUUUUGAAGCGGAAUGAAUCUAAACAAAAUGUUGACAGUUUUUUUUGUAAAUAGUGGAUUUAUAUAAACAAAUUCUAACUCUAAUAAACAGCGUCGUGCACAAGCGGUCAUCCAGAAAGGAUCCCUGCCGAAUUUGGUUAAUCUCGUUUUGCGUGGAUUUAAUAAUCUGGCAAACAAAUCGGUGCGAGAAUAUUUACAGGACAAAUCAGAACGACGUGGACUUUUAUUGAAAACACUCUAGAGCGUAUAAAAUACGUUUCUGGCUUACGUAUAAAUGAAACAGUUGGAAUGAAAUUAAGCUUUGCUGAAUUUCACAAAAAGUGAUAUUACAAUAAGAGCAAUUAUUUAAAAAUGAUAUACCGUAGAUUGUUUGCAAUUAUGUAUCUCCAACAUGACCAGAUAUCUUCGUUGAAUAAUUAGUUUUCGCAAUUUCACACGCUUACUAUUAAGGCUGUAGACAUUUCUAACAUAUAUUAGCAACCAAACAUUUGUUGGUUGUACGUGACUCAAAGAUUUCAACAUCAACCAGCAAACAUAAUGUCGCGGAUUAUUAUGACGCCGUUGAACCUCGGGUCUCUAGGACAAACGACGGCAACGCCACGUCAAACACUGUCACGUCAGUCGAACGUCUCUUCGAACUCACAGCUGACGUCAUCACGUCAAUCGAAAACACCGUCCGUGUUGUCACAGACAACGUCCAUAGCUGACAGCGAAGUCUCCAAAGAAUUGUCGACGUCUCCGCGGCGUCGCUGUGAGGAUGAGAGCGAGAUGGACCGUAGCCUGAAGAUCCUAAAGCAGAAACACACGGCCACACUGCGCCUGCGCAGGGUCAACGAGGUGCACAACCGCCUCCUUGAGGACAAGAUACGAGUGCUUAACACAAAGUUCAUCCGCGAAUCUAAAGAGCUGCUGAAGGUGACACGAUCUCUAAAGGAAGAAAUGGAAGAGUAUGAACCGACUCGACUUCCAGAUCGAUUACCCAGAAUUGAAUCGGCCGCGCUAAUCGAGUCACGCUCAUCCAGUCGACAGAGCGGAAGGUUUCAAAAUGGCCGCCAAGGUGGAAUACCGCGAGACCAAAUUUGCCAAUCAUGCCUCUUCGAUUCAACGAACACUACGCUGCGCUGUCGUCAUUUUCCGUGCUUUUUACCGAUGACGUACAACAGUUUAAGCGUGUUACCAAAACCUCAAACGUACUCGGUGGUGAGCAACUAUAAACAAUUACUUAGCAGAUGCAAGGACUUGCGUCCCCCGACAUCGCCGAACAAACACCGACAAGUGCUGGAAUUUAUAGAAGAGAUGCCAAUAGAAGAGUCACGCGCUCCAAGAACGACGGUAAGGGAGAAACUCCGGGGCCUCAAACUACUUGUUAAAGAGAUGAAAGAACGCAAUGAGAAGACGAAACCAAGGGACUGGGCAAUCAACUAUGGGGAGCCAAUGCCACGGCGCCUCUUGUCUAAACCUGUUAAAACCGUGUGCUAAGUACAACAACAUACGCUUUUAUUGUAUUUUUCGUUAAUAUGAAGGAUCUUUUUAGCAAAAAUCCAGUUUUUGUGGAAAGUGUCGUUCCUGAGUGCUUUGAGACGACACUUUACGCGCAUGCGCUAAGCACCGUCUUCAUAGAGAGGCUCAAAUUGGUUUCAAACGUUGCUAGAUCUGUUCCUGUUCAAUUGCUCGCAUAUAUUUGUUGUGUUUCAAACAUUGCUAGAUCAAUUCCUGUUCGAUUGCUCGCAUAUAUUUGUUGUGUUUCAAACAUUGCUAGAUCAAUUCCUGUUCGAUUGCUCGCAUAUAUUUGUUGUGUUUCAAACAUUGCUAGAUCAAUUCCUGUUCGAUUGCUCGCAUAUAUUUGUUGUGUUUCAAACGUUGCUAGAUCAAUUCCUGUUCGAUUGCUCGCAUAUAUUUGUUGUGUUUCAAACGUUGCUAGAUCUGUUCCUGUUCGAUUGCUCGCAUAUAUUUGUUGUGUUUCAAACGUUGCUAGAUCAAUUCCUGUUCGAUUGCUCGCAUAUAUUUGUUGUGUUUCAAACGUUGCUAGAUCUGUUCCUGUUCGAUUGCUCGCAUAUAUUUGUUGUGUUUCAAACGUUGCUAGAUCUGUUCCUGUUCGAUUGCUCGCAUAUAUUUGUUGUGUUUCAAACGUUACUAGAUUUGUUCCUGGUCAAUUGCUCGCAUAUAUUUGUUGUGAAUGAAUUCUUCUGUUUUGUCACUCCGCUGGUAUCGUUUUGUAAAAACGAAACGUA